CCAGAAGUGUAUUCUGCUGUCAUUGUUUCAUUCAAGUCAACUGUUUCCGUGUACUUAGCUACUAGCUAACAGAGCUGUCAAGGCAGGCAAUAUGAACAUUUAAAUAACUAUGCCAAACUGUGACAAGUUUGGAAAAGUGUCUUAGUCAGACAGUUUGUGUAGACAUGGAUUGACGAGUUAUUUUUCAAGGACCUGUCGUGCCAACUUCCCGAGCCCUUGCUACGCUACUCGGCGUCCAGCCAUGCCUCUCGUCGGUGCAAACCAACCACAGUUGAUUCGUUCAAGUCAGAAGGACGAAUAUUAUCAACAGUGUCUCAGGAACAACGCGAAUGAAGCUUUCCAGACUCUUGCAGGGUCCAAGAGAUGGCUGCACUGGAGAAAAGAGAUCCAACUCCUGUCAGACCUGGCAUACUAUGGUUUAACCACAUUCUCAGGGUACCAGACGUUGGGCGAGGAGUAUGUCAGUAUCAUCCAAGUGGACCCCACUCUGCGCAGGGUACCGUCGCGUGUCAGACGAGGAGCCCUGGUGCUCCUCCACAGCCUGUUUCCAUACCUGCUGGACAAGCUGCUGGUGUGCCUGGAGAAUGAGCUGGAGGUGGGGGAGGAGGAGAGCCAGGGAGGGGGAAUCCAGAGAGCAACAGUUGCCAGUCCUUGGAGCCCCGGAGCCUGGAUGAGAGGCUGGGUCCGGAGGGCGUUGGGGCUGCUGACGGAGCCCCAGAGGAGGGCGUGUGUGCCGGCCGUGUUGGCCCUCCAGCAGGGACUCUCCAUUCUCCACCGGGUGCAUGUGGCCUUGUUUUACAUCAGCGGGGCCUUCUACCACCUGGGGAAGAGGACGGCCGGAGUGAGCUAUCUGCGGGUACGUGGUGUGACGGGGGACGACGGGGACAUCCGGAGCAGCUACAGGCUCCUGGGCGUGAUCUCCCUGAUGCAGCUGGCCCUCACGCUGGCCCUGCAACUCAACAACCUCCGUCAGAGACAGAGAGCCCGGCAGGAGUGGAGACAACACAGGAACCUGCCCUCCAGGUCCCAAUCUGUAGACGAGACUGACUCUCCCCGUGCCUCUCGCUGUAUCCUGUGUCUAGAGGAGAGGAGACACUCGACCUCCACCCCGUGUGGUCAUCUGUUCUGCUGGGAGUGCAUCACAGAGUGGUGCAACACCAAGACGGAGUGUCCUUUGUGUCGUGAGAAGUUCCAGCCUCCUCGACUAGUCUACCUGAGGAACUACUAGCCGAAGAGCCAGAACUUCUGACGUGGCUGUUCUUAUUAUGUGGCUCACUAUUAUGUGGCUCACUGAGUCACUAUGUGGCUCACUACAUGACUGGAUCGCCACAUUGGACUGUUGAAUCGUUAAACACAACUGUUUACUCUUUAUCAGAGUUUAGCUAUCCCUUGUUGAGGUCCGAUCUGAAUAGCAUCUCACUUAGAGAAUGGCUCGAGAUCUUAUUUUGGGGCGUUAAUUCAGAUAUUGCCCGUGUCAAGAUAUGUCCAGUAUGAAAGAAAAUGUGUGCAUGAAGCAUUUAAUUGUUUUUGUAGAAGAAAACACCUUUCAGUAUACAGAAUAUUAUUGUAAAGAUCUGUACAACACUGUCCUCAGCCCUUUCAUUCUGUGUCAGGGCUACACACUGGGAUAAUUUGUAGGUAAUGGCUAUAUAUAUUUUUUAAUUUAUUUGAUAAUGUACUGUUUCUACAUUUUAUGAGAAUACGUAACGCAGUGCACUAUAUUGAACAAUCAUACAUGUUUCAAUGGUUUGCAUAUGAAUCGUGUUGGAUUGCAUCAGUCUGUAACUGAUCUAAAUGUGUACAUUUAAAACAAUGACUAAUCAACUAUGCUAACAGUGGAAUUAUUUACAAGGCGACUAGUAUAUUGUGUACAUUAUGGCUGUUGUCAUGGAUCAGUAAUGUAUUAGCUCUGGCCUACAGAGGGGUAUGCUACAAAGCAGGAUCAAUGAGUUAGCCGACCAACUUUUGAUAAACAAACAAAAAUAUAGAUUUUUUUUCUGGUUCAUUUGGGGCGGCAGGGUAGCCUAGUGGUUAGAGCGUUGUUCAAACCCCCGAGCUGAAGGGGUACAAAUGUCGUUCUGCCCCUGAACAGGCAGUUAACCCACUGUUCCUAGGCCGUCAUUGUAAAUAAUAAUUUGUUCUUAACUGACUUGCCUAGUUAAAUAAAGAUACAAUAAAAAAGAAACUUAAACU